GCAAUGUCUUCAAGUGACUGCCAGAAAGCUAAAAGACUGGCUUGAAGAGGGAAGAUUGCUGGCCAACGAUCUUGCAAGCCAACUGCCACUGAACAAAAAAAAAAGAGAAAAUCUGGCAUCAGUGUGUGGUGGAGGGAAAGAGACCUGAAUGGGAGCCUUAUUCCCCAACAUUUCAACAAGUCUCGCUCUGUCUCUCGUCAGGACAGUUGGACUCAUUCAUUCUUGGCACGUCAGGGGGGGAUAUACUAGGCAGCAAGUGAAGCUGUUGAGUUGGAAGCCAAAAAAAUGAGCAGGCAUAAGGAUCUGAGCCACUUUGACAAGGGCCAAAUUGUGAUGGCUAGACGACUGGUCCACAGCAUCUGCAAAACAACAGGUGGACCAGAGACAGGGUCAUGGGCGCCCAUGGCUCAGUCAUACUUGUGGGAGUGAAGGAUAGCCUGUCUGGUCCAAUCAAACAGAAGAGCUACUGUAGCACAAAUAACUGAAAAAGUUAAUGAUGGGCAUGUCUUGUGUAGUCCACGCCUUGAAGGGUCAGAGCUGUUUUGGCAGUAUGAGGCGGACCUACACAAUAUUAGGCAGGUGGUUUUAGUGAUAUGGCUGAAUAUUCUAUAGGCCUAGUUACUUGAAAAUCAGCAGGCAACUGAUGACAUGAUUUUCACUGUUAUUUUUACUAGUGGUAGGUAACAAAGAGUUGAUUGUUGUCUUAUUAUUAUUAUUAUUAUUAUUAUUAAUCUUCACCAGCAAGCACACAGCAAUCAAAUGAGCCAGCUGGUGACUCACUUGAAUCACGGCAUGAUGAGUCUGAAGAAAUAUUGUGUCUCGAUGCACGUCUUAAACAAUUAAGACAAACAUUGGAUGCUGUUCCUGCUCCUCCAGUGGAGACCCCACUUCGGUCUUGGGCCCAGCGUCAGUGCGCGUAUGAGGAACAAAUGAAAGCUGCUCUGCCUCUACUCUUGAAGUGGAAAUUGGAAGGAGAACAAGUGAUCCGUCGCACCUGCCAAAAGUGUGGUACUGGUGAAGCUGUGAUCCGAUGUUUAGAAUGCGUUCCAUUUGAGUGAUCUGUGCUCAAAUUGUGACAGUGACUCCCACAGAUGGAAUGUGUUUCACAACAGGAGCACCAUAAUCAACGGCUUCUUUGAAGCAAUCUCCCAUACGACGUCUGUUGAGUUCAGCACUGCAAGUGGCCAGAACAAACUUGGUGAAAAAGGUAAAAUAAUUUCUUGCCCCUUUUUAAUGCACCACGAUAUCCGUUGUGGUACUAGAACCAAGUAUUUAAACAGGCUAAACCUCAAGGCCAAUAGGAAAACAUUAAAAUAAUCUGAACAUUAGUGGACAAAACUUGUGCAAGUUCCAGCCACUGCAACAGAAAGACAAUGACUGCUGUUUUUAUGUCGCAUAUUUCAUCAUACUCAGUAUUUUUUUCCUAAUGCAGUGUGUCUGCUUCUAAUCGCGCCACCAAAAAACAUUUGCACAUGUUCCAUAGAUGUCUGCAUCUCAGCAGGGAAGCAGGUUGUGCUAGUGACUAUCAAUGGUAUGUACCUGGCACCACCCCCUCCUUUAAUGGGGUUUUAAGGACUUUCAUCUUAUGUUUCACUAGGAUACAAUAAAGUAUCACAAUAAAGUGUGAUUAAUGUUUCACUUCACUGAAGUUCAAUAUCUUAGCCUUGCACUGUUUCACCAUCCCAACGCUCCAAAAUAUUCAGCAUUGUUUUAAAUUGUUCUCUGCAGUUGUUCUGUGUUUUUAAACUUAGGACGAUACCGUCUGUUUCUGACAGUUAUUAGCUGUCCAUCCUGCCAACAAAAGUGGACUCCAGAAGUGAAAGACUUGCUGGCAUAUCGUUAUUGGCCAGCUGCCAAACAAUCUACACCUUUGAUGUUUUCACAACAUUCUUUGAAAUGAAAGUGACGGCUCCAGCACUAUCUCGCCAAGCCUUUGUGAGAAGGCUAGAGCAUCGAUCACAUCAAUCAGGGAGGGCAGGUGCCAUCUGUGGGGACACAUUUCAGAAAAGCUUUCUGGAACUCCAGUAUUGUAUGUUUGAGGAGCAGAAGCUUUGUCAAGUGGAGCACUUUGUGUGUCCAGCUUGUACCCCUCACAUGCUAGCUGUCUCUGUAGAUGGUAAUAGAAAGCAUUACCGCUUCAAGAAGUCCAAACGCACUGAUGAACCAUCCAUGUUUGAGGGUAUCUUCCUCGCUAGGGAUGAUGAUGUGUCAAGCUUUGUUAACCUCAUCAGAAGUCACUUGAAAGGCAGGCCUGGUGAAGGAGUCUGUGGAACAUCAACAUUUACAGCUGGCAGGGAGACAUCCUCAAAAUCCAGUGCUAAGUUAGAUGAAGAGGGUCUGGAAAUAGCUGUAUGCAGGCAUGGCUGUUUAUUGCGUGGACUGAACCACUACCGUGGGGAAAUCUUCACAUACCCCAUGUACCUACAAAACGAGGUGGCACAGAUAUCAAAUGUGUCAUUCUUUUGUAUGGAUGUCACAUGCAGAUAUUGGCCAUAUUUGAAGAAGGUGGCUGAGAAUCUGCCUGAGUUUAAAGGGCUGACAGAGAUGAAGCCAUUUCUUUCUGUCAUGCAUGCCAAAGCGCACAAUGGAAAAUGUGAGGUAAGAUGGGGAGGUAGGAGCCAAGAGGGAGCAGGAAACACCAUUGGUGAAGAAGUUGAACAGGUCAACAGUUUUCUGUCACGUGGAGCAUUGACCACCAAGUACAUGACCAAGUCAGUUAGAGCUGAUAUGAUAACUCUGCAGUCAAUUGCUUGGAAUAAGAGAAAGGAAGAGAACCUCCACAAGGCACUAGCCCAGAGAUUUUCCAAAAAGGCAGUACAAAGGGCAGCAGAGGAAGCGGCCAGCCUGAAAGCUCUCAGGGAACAACUUAACCUCUCUCUGGAAACUCCGAAUCAGUGGGUGUCCGAUGUCAGGCAGUGGGCAUCUACAGCUGUACUUCAGCACCAAAGAGCCUCAAGGACUUGCAGAGUGAAAUUAAUGAUGUGAUCUGUGUUCUUCUGCACAAGAAGCAGGACCUUUAUCGACAGAAUGAUAGCAGUCGGAUUAGGAAGUCCAAAAGAAGGAGACUGGGAGAGCUUAGGGCAGACUGAAGACACUCUCGCACAAUACAACACCAUGGUAGCUGAUGAGGACAAGAUUGAUGUGGAGGCAGCUUGCAGCUUAUCUGAGGCCUUUAUCCUACCUUGGGAAUCAAAUGGAGAUGGUCCGCAACAUCUCAUCAUUCAUUUGUUCAUGCUUUCCAGUUAUUUGCUUUUGUCAGUCCACUUAGUGUUCUUUCUCUUUCCUUCGUAAAAAGGGGCCUUGAGAACAAAAAGAAAAGUCUUCGAUCAGGUGAUGCUGGUGAAGCGUUUAGAAGAGGAACAGUCCAUCCUAGUCAAAGAGAUGUCACAACAUUGCACUUACCUUAACAAGGCAGUGGUGAUGGUUCAGGAACUAGCUGCACGGGCUUUAGAGGUCACAAGCAACAGUGCGUUAUCAAAUCAUCUGACAGAAGAAGCUAUCCUUGGAUUUCAAAGUGUUCUCUUGCGCAGACUCCACCAUUUACAGUUGCAGCAAAUGGAUGUGAGAAGGACCUAUAGCCUGAUAGCAGAAAAGAACCCCAAAGUCAACCUAACAUUUCUGAAGGACACAGACCAAGCGGACGAUGAGGAGGGAUACAGCAGCCCAGAUCUGUCAGAUGAAGAAAUCUUGUAACAUAUCUGCUUACGCAUCUGUCUGAUUAAUCGAUCGUCUGAUGUUCUGUGCCAAGUAUUGCUCAGUGUUUAGAUAAUUCAGUAAUACCUUCUAAAUAAGUUCUAAACAUGCAGGAUUGAUUAGAUAAACUAGGUAUUACAACCCCAUUUCCAAAAAUGUUGGGACGCUAUGCAAAAUGUAAAUAAAAACAAAAU